AUGCCGGGUCAAUCUCGCAGCCGGGACCGCCACAGUGGGCGCGAGCGAGAACGAGACCGGGCACGCGAGCGCGAACGAGAGCGCCGACGGGAACGUGAUCGCGAGCGUGAGUAUAUUCGCGGUCGCUACGAUGAAGACGAUGAGGGCGCUGCGUCUAGUCCGGGCCAGGCACGUGGGAAAUACCGAUUCCGCGGCGAGGAGGGCUACGACUCUUACGAUAAUGGCGAGCAGGCCGAGAGUGAUUAUGAGGAACGGCGGCGGCGGGAGAGGAGGGAGAGGAGGAGGCAGCGUGAGCGCGAAGAAGAGAGGGCUUAUAGUGAUGCCGUGGAGGGACGGCGGAGGGAGAGGGAGAGGUCUAAGGCGAAAGAGUCGCCUGCUACGUCACCUAUCAAGAAGCGGGAUCGCGAGCGAGAUCGGGAUGGACAUCGUCGGCGUCGAGAUGCUGAAGAGGAGGGGAGUCCGGCGAAGGAUGUGAGAGAGAGACGGCACCGGACGCGCGGGGAGGAAAGCGAGAGGGAGAAGGAGAGGGAGAGAUCGCGAGAUAUCGAAUCCGAAGCUCGAAGGCAGCGUCGCAAGGCGCGUGAGCGUGAGGAACGGCGUGAUCGUGAAUGGGAGCGUGAAGCUGCUGCUGCGGCGGCCGUUGCUAGUAAGCAUCGGAGCACGGAGUCGACGAGCAGUGCGUCACAUUUGCUGAAGGCGGAUGCAAUGGCGCGAUUAGCAUCUGAGCAUGAGGAGGAAGAUCGGCGUGAACGGUCUCGAAACGAAGAUGAAGCUCGUCGGGAGCGGCGACGACAGAAGAAAAAGGCUGCGUUGGCGGGUGCUGGAGUUGCUACUGCUGCUGCUGGUGCCGCUGCUCUUGGUGCAGACAUCGCCGAGGGGAGAUCACGGCAUAAAUCUGGAGCUCGGGUUGUCUCCGGUGCGUAUUUAGAGGAAGGUCGAAGUCCUGAAAUGAAGAUGCGCCGUCGUGGAGGAGGUGGUGCUGCGAUGGAGGAAGAUUGGAAGCAAGAAGAUAGCUGGGAUGGCAGCUACGAGGACGGCAAUCAAACGCCAAAGUGGAAGUUCUGGGCCUCCUGGUCGAAGAAGAAGCGACUGGUUGUUGGAUGCAUCGUUGGUAUCGUGUUGGUGCUGGCUAUUGUCAUUCCCAUCGCUGUACUGGAAGCGAAUAAGAAUAAAGGCGGUUCCGACUCGUCAAGCAGCUCGUCCAGCUCGUCCAACUCAAAUCUCGAUGGGAUCAGUCGAGAUAGCAUUCCGUCAUGGGCCCAAGGCACUUAUCUUGAUCCAUUCACUUGGUACGACACCGAAGGCUUUAAUAUCACUUUCACUAACGACACCGUCGGCGGCUUAUACGUUAUGGGUCUUAACUCUUCGUGGGACGACUCCGCCAGGCCAAACGCGAAUGUCCCACCUCUAAACCAGAAGUUCCCAUAUGGUUCACAACCAAUUCGCGGGGUUAACCUAGGAGGAUGGCUCUCUAUCGAACCCUUCAUCACACCAUCUCUUUUCUCAGGCUACUCCUCUAGCGUUAUUGAUGAAUGGACGCUCACGGAACAGCUGGGCUCCUCUGCCUCAACAACAAUUGAGAAACACUAUGCAGAAUUCCUCUCGGAAUCUGACUUUGCCGAGAUCAAGGAAGCUGGACUCGACCAUGUACGUAUCCAAUAUUCCUACUGGGCAGUCACAACCUACGACGGCGACCCUUAUGUGGCCAAGAUCUCCUGGCGCUACCUGCUCCGGGCAAUUGAGUAUUGCCGCAAAUACGGACUUCGCGUGAAGCUGGAUCUUCACGGUCUUCCAGGUAGUCAGAAUGGAUGGAACCACAGCGGACACCAAGGGAAAAUCGACUGGAUCGACGGAACAAAUGGUACAUUGAACCGGAAACGAUCUCUAGAGAUUCACGAUCAGCUUUCGCAAUUCUUUGCGCAAGAUCGAUACAAGAAUAUCGUGACAAUCUACGGUCUUGUAAAUGAGCCCCUCAUGCUGUCUCUCCCCGUAGAGAAGGUUCUGAACUGGACCCAAGAAGCGGCGGAGCUUGUUCGCAACAACGGUGUGGAUGCGACGAUAGCCUUCCAUGACGGAUUCCUUAACCUCGACAAGUGGGAUAAUAUGUUCAAGGACCAUCCCGACAACAUGUACCUCGACACUCAUCAGUACACCACUUUUAACACUGGUGAGAUUGUUCUCAACCACACUGCUAAGGUGGAAAUCAUCUGCAAUAGCUGGUACUCCAUGAUUCAGGAAAUUAAUAGCACCAGCUCUGGAUGGGGUCCCACUAUUUGCGGUGAAUGGUCCCAAGCAGACACCGACUGCGCAAAAUACCUCAACAACGUGGGCCGUGGUACCCGCUGGGAAGGAUCAUACGACACCAGCUCAUCAACCGCAUACUGUCCCACCGCCGACGCAGGAACAUGUAGCUGCAACAACGCCAACGCCGACGUCGCCGACUACUCUGACGAGUAUAAAAAGUGGCUUCAAACCUACGCCGAAGCCCAAAUGUCUGCAUUUGAGACCGCUCAGGGUUGGUUCUACUGGACGUGGCGGACAGAGUCUGCUGCUCAGUGGAGUUAUCGCACGGCGUGGAAGAAUGGAUUUAUGCCAAACAAGGCUUAUUCUCCUUCGUUCAAGUGUGGUGAUACUGUGCCUGAUUUCUCGAGUUUGGGGUUGCCGGAGUAUUAUUAA